CUUCACCCAAAACCCCCCACACCGAUGUUUGUGGAUAGUGGGGAUGCACGAUUCGCAUCUCCUCCGCCCUUCUCCCCCUAACAACUCACCCGGCCGCAAUCCUGGACUCAAGGAGGAGAUGGCGCCGCGGCACUCCUGACCACCAUUACUCCCCUCCACCCUACGCAGACGAGGCCGGCGUGGAAUUAGCAGCGCUCCUACCGCCAUCCGCUAACCUUGACGGUGUCUCCUAUUCGCGUGACAAGCCUCGACUCACCCCUGCCGCACGUACCCGUCGCCGACAGAAGCUCUGCCAGCUCCUCGAAGCCGACAUGAAGUUCUCCCACAGCAUCCAGUUCAAUGCCGUGCCCGACUGGUCCUCGCACUACAUCGCCUACUCUAAUCUCAAGAAGCUAAUUUACCAGCUCGAGAAGCAAGUCAAUGCCAAAGCCAACUUGGAGCGGACGCAGAGCCACGAUGCCGAAUCAUCCCCCCUCUUGACCAAUGGAGACAUCCAGGACCCAGACAAGGUUUUCUCGCGCAAGCUGGAUGACGAGCUGGAGAAGAUAUGCGGCUUCUACCGCAUGAAAGAGCUGGAGAUCUAUGGCGAGGUGGAUGCCUUGUUGAAAGAUGUAGAGGAGUUCGAGGCGGAACAUGAAGAGGGCGAGCGGGAUGGCGAGGGGGGUGGUGUAAGGAGGCAGAGUGUGUGGGCGCGCGCACGACAACAGAGCAUUUUUCGCAGCUUUCAAAUGCCUCCCAAGCGACGUCGACCGUCCACAAUGGGCAGUCAGAACCGCACGAUCCCCGAAGAGGACGAUAGUGAGGGCGAGGACGAGGAUGAGCGCACAUCCCUGAGCAAAAGCCAGACGCUCGACCGCCAGCAGGCUACGCGAGGCAAAGACCUGGCGAGCGGAGAGCAGCUUGAUCGCACUUCUGAAGAUCUCCCCACGUCGCCCGAGCUGUCGCGACGGAGGCCAAGUGUAGCCUUCAACGACUUCGGAGACGACACCCUCCUGCAGGCACUGUAUGACGAGGGCAUCACGCUGAAGAAGCGCAUUGUAAAUCUCUACGUCAACGUCUGCGAAUUGCGCUCCUUCAUCCAGCUCAACGAGACUGGCUUCAGUAAAGUGCUGAAGAAGUACGACAAGACGCUCGACCGCAACCUGAAGGCGCGCUACGUUAAUGCCAAUGUCAAACCAGCCUACCCCUUCCAAUCGAGCACGAUGGAUCAUCUGUCCGAAAAUCUCACGCGCAUCGAGAAAGCAUACGCCGCGAUCGUCACCAAAGAUGAUGUGGACAGCGCACGACAGGAACUUCGCCUACAUCUGCGCGAGCACGUCGUGUGGGAGCGCAAUACGGUCUGGCGAGAGAUGAUUGGCAUCGAGCGCAAAGCGCAAGCUGCGAAUCUGGGCAUUCGGAAUACGAUGUUAGGGCAGGCGAACGAUCCCAAGAAAGCACGCUUGCAGGGCGAUGAGCAAGACGGCUCAUUCAAGGAAGUCCUCACGCCGCUGGGUAGGACGCAGUGUCCGAAGUUCCUCCUUUCCGGCACGUUCUGGGUGCUCGUUGCUGUGAUUGUCGUCUUCGCGGUGCUCCUCGCCGUGCCGACUAUGGAGAAGCCCGAACAACAAAACUGUCUUGCUCUGGUCGUAUUCGUGAGCUUGCUCUGGGCAACAGAGGCCAUCCCCCUCUUCGUUACCUCCCUCCUCGUCCCCUUCCUCGUCGUCAUCCUGCAAGUCGUGCGGGAAGACGCAAAGCCGCACCACCGCCUCACCUCCAAACAAGCGACCAGCUACAUCUUCUCCGCCAUGUGGACGCCCGUCAUCAUGCUCUUACUGGGAGGCUUCACCAUCGCCGCCGCCCUCAGCAAGUACAACAUUGCCAAGAUGAUGGCGACGUUUGUGCUCAGCAAGGCCGGGACGAAGCCGCGGACGGUGCUGCUGACGAGCAUGGGCGUCGCGACGUUUGCGAGCAUGUGGAUUUCGAAUGUCGCGGCGCCGGUGUUGUGUUUUAGUAUUAUUCAGCCCAUCCUCCGCAACCUCCCAUCCGACAGCGACAUGUCCAAAGCGCUGCUCCUAGGCAUCGCACUGGCCUCCAACAUGGGCGGCGCAGCGUCUCCAAUUGCCUCGCCGCAAAACCUCAUCGCCCUUCAAAACAUGAACCCGCAGCCAGGCUGGGGCAUAUGGUUCUUCAUCGCCCUGCCCGUAUGCAUCAUCACCAUCAUCUUCAUCUGGCUGCUACUGCUCGUCACCUUCCGCCCAGGCCGCAACACGACCAUCGUGCCCAUCCGGCCGAUGAGAGACAAGUUCUCCGGAAUCCAAUGGUUCAUCUCCAUCGUCACGCUCGCGACCAUCGUCCUGUGGUGCCUCAGCCACCAAUUGGAAGGCUUCUUUGGCGACAUGGGUGUCAUUGCCAUUAUCCCCAUCGCUCUCUUCUUCGGCACCGGCAUCCUGACGAAAGAAGACUUCAACAACUUCCUCUGGACCAUCAUCAUCCUCGCCGCGGGUGGACUGGCUCUCGGCAAAGCAGUCAACAGCUCAGGCUUGCUGCACACCAUCGCCACCAGCAUCACCGGCAAAGUGGAAGGGCUGAGUCUGUACGGCGUGAUGUGUGUGUUCGCCGCGCUGAUAGCAGUGGUAGCGACGUUCAUCAGCCAUACUGUCGCGGCGUUGAUUAUCUUGCCUCUCGUGCAGCAAGUUGGCGAGGGCAUGAGUGAUCCUCAUCCGAACUUGCUGGUGAUGGGAUCGGUCCUGAUGGCUUCUGCCGCGAUGGGGUUGCCGACUUCCGGCUUUCCGAAUAUGACGGCCAUCAUGAUGGAGGAUUCGCAGACCGGCCAACGCUACCUGCAAGUCCGGCAUUUCCUCACUCGAGGCAUUCCCAGCAGUGUGAUUGCGUAUGUGGUGAUUAUUACCCUUGGAUAUGGACUGAUGUACGCCGCCGGGUUGUAAUGAGUCGUCAUUUGGUUGUUUCCGGAGUGUUUGAUAUCCGCUGCAGAAGAAAGUUGGAUAGACCGUGGAAUGCAUCAGUAGUGCCGCCUCCCCAGGAGCCUUUUCUUUCUCAUCAAGCAUCAUCACCUUCCGGAUCCUCCUCGCCAUACAUUUCUUCCUCCUUCUGCUCGCGUGCAGAAGCGGCUGUACCACUAGGAGCACCCGCAGCAGCUUUCUCCUCCUCCAUCCGCUUAGUUAGAAAGACAUUGACAUCCCCUUGAACUUGGGAAAUCCCGGUUCGCAAAGCCUGCAGAAACUCUGUCUUUUCUUGCACGCUUUGGGUUUUGGUGUCGGUUGACUCGGAGGGGAGCUGGGAUGUGAAGAGGUGAGUUGUGUCUGGGGAGUUGUAAUUUGCCGUGAGGGCUGAUUUAGACAUUUUUGAUGGGAUAUUGGUUGUGUUUGGUUUCUUG